AUGUCUCAUUUAACAUAUAUACAGUUUUAUCGCGUUGAUGCUUCAACUUGGCAUAACUCCCCUCCAUUAGUGAAUACUUUGAAAGCAGUCGCUGAACAAAAUGUUGCAAGUUUUCUUUUCCCUGGUCAUACACAAGGUCAAGCAAUUCCAUCAUCAAUGUCUCAACUCAUUGGUCAUAAACCCUUUCUUUAUGACAUAUCUGAGGUUGACAACCUUUCUACUCCGAAAGGCCCUAUCUUGGAAGCACAGAAGCAAGCAGCCGAUGUUUUCGGGGCCUCGAAAACAUGGUUUCUUGUAGGAGGUACAACUUGUGGAAUCCAUGCUGCAAUUAUGGGUGCUUGUAAUCCUGGAGAUGCCCUAAUUCUCCCCCGUAAUUCUCACAUUUCGACGAUUUCUGCCAUGGUGUUCUCUGAAUUGGUUACUAAGUAUAUCCUUCCUGAAUAUGAUUUUGAUUGGGAUAUAUCUACCGUCGUCAGUCCGUCUCAGGUACAAAAAGCAAUUAAGGAAUUGGAAUCAGAAGGUCUCAAACCAGGUGCUGUUUUUAUCACAUCUCCUACAUACCAUGGGAUAUGCAGCAACCUUAACGAAAUCUCUACACUAUGUCACCUCCAUAACAUACCUCUUAUCGUAGACGAGGCACACGGUGCUCAUUUCGGGUUUCACCCGUCCCUUCCUUCACCGGCCCUCCAACAAGGUGCCGACGUGGUUGUCCUAUCCACACAUAAAGUGCUAUUCUCCCUAACUCAGUCAUCCAUGUUACAUGUGUCUCAUAAUAGUACUACUCUUAUAGACAAGGAAAAAAUAGGCAAAUGCAUUAGUAGCCUACAAACCACUAGUCCAAGUCCUUUACUCUUAGCUUCACUAGAUGCUACUACACAUUAUCUGAAACAAAAAUCUCACACCAUUUUCGACAAUGCCAUCAAUUUAGCAACCGAGGUUAAACAAGAAAUUAAACAAAUUCCAGGCUAUGCCGUGUUUGAUUACCCGUACAUGGAUCCCUUACGGGUUACUAUUGGAGUCUUUAAUCUCUUUUUUUCUGGCUAUGAAGUUGAUUACUUCUUAUAUAUGGAUCAAAAGGUGGUGUCUGAGCUACUUGGAUCGCGAUUUAUCACAUUUCCAAUCCUUCCAGGAACUUGUAAAGAGCAUGUAGAUAGGCUAAUUUCAGGGUUUAAGAACUUUAUAUUGUCACCAACGUUCAUCCAGCGUUAUCAUCAAAGGUCUCAUACUCUCUCACAUUCUGUCAAUAAACGUGUUGACUUUGAACCGUGGAGUGAUAUUAAGAUGGAACUCACUCCACGAGAUGCUUUCUUUGCAAAGAACAAGUACGUUGGUAUCAAAGACGCCAUUGGAAAGAUAUGUGGGGAAUCGAUAUGUCCAUUUCCACCCGGUGUUCCGAUAAUUACACCGGGUGAAGUGGUCUCUGAAAGGGUUGUACAAAUUUUACAGCGAUGUAAAGCUGAUAGUACUACACUAGUUGGAGCUUCUGAUCCUCUUUUGUCGUCAAUGCUUAUUUGUGAUGUUUAA